AUGAAAUCUAUAUUUUUAUGCUUUCAAGCUUCAAUAAUAUCAUUAGUAUACUCCUAAUGCCCAGCAGGUUAAUAUGGUACUACGUCUUGUACUAAUUGUCCAAGCAACUAUUCAAGUAAUUAAGGUGCAAAAUAAUUAAGUGAUUGCACUGUUUGUCCUAAUAAUUACUACUCUACAUCAGGAGGGCUUUGCCAACCAUGCUAAAAUAAUUAUUCAUCAACUGGAGGGUAAAAUUGCCAGCCUUGCUAAAAAAAUUACUUCUCAAUAAGUGGGGGACCUUGUUAAGUCUGUCCAAAUAACUACUAUUCAAAUAGUGGCUCGUCUUGUGUACCUUGUGAUGACAAUUAAUUUUCUUAAAAUGGUGCAGAUUGUGAUGCAUGUCCCAAUAAUCAAACCUCAGUAGCUGGAUCUCCCUGUAUCAAUUGUCCAUAAAAUCAUUAUUCACUAAGCGGAGAACCUUGCUUAUUAUGUGGAGAUAAUUUUUAAUCAAUAUCUGGGAGUGACUGUACUGUCUGCUAAGAUGGCUACUCCUCAAUAAGAGGAUAGAAUUGUGUUUAAACUACUCAUCUAUUUGUGAUAAUUUCAUAUGCUUCGCUCUGUUUUAUAUCUUUAUUAUUAUGA